CAGGCUUUGUGAAAACGACAACAAGAACGCACUACAAUUUGCGCCCACCUUUAUCUUGUACAUCUCACUCCAAAUUUGCGAUGCCUUCGAAAGGCUCAGUGCCAACAGGAUAUGCAGAUGAGAUUGUAAUUUCGAGCUCGACAUUCAAGGCGCAACAGCGAGCACUUCAAAAUGGCGUGUUACCCGGCCAGAAAGCAGGGCAGAAGCGCAAACGGGAGGGAAAGGGCGACAGCAGUGUAGUCUUCGGCGAGAACGCAUACAAAGGCCCAUGGGCAAAAUUUCGGGAGAAGACGCCGGAAGAGGACGAGAGCGGUAGCGAAAUCGAGGUGACAGACUACUCAGAAGAAGAGGAGGACGCGCCAAAAGUGCCCCCUCAAAUGGCGACGGACUACAAACCAGAAGGACAAGAGGAAUCCACUGAGUUUCAUGGCGAGAGCAUGUCUGAUUAUCAGGGGAGGACGUACAUGCAUGUACCUAUGGAUCUGGACGUAAGCCUGACCGGCGACCUUCCCGACGACUUUAAGUGCUAUGUGCCGAAGAAGAACAUAUUCACUUGGAAGCAUCACUCUGGCCAUGCAAUAACGCAGAUGCGAUUUUUCCCAAGCUCGGGACACCUGCUGUUAGCCGCGAGCGCGAGCGGCAAAGUCAAGCUUUUUGACGUUUACCAUCAACGCGAGCUCCUUCGCACGUAUUCCGGACAUAACAGGAGCUGCAACGAUGUCAGUUUCAACAACGACGGCACCGAAUUCUUGACGGCGAGCUACGACCGAUAUAUGAAAGUUUGGGACACGGAGACGGGGGCUUGCAAAGCGAAAUUCACAACGGGGCAGACACCUCACGUGGUGCGGUAUUACCCACUGGAUAACAACCAGUUUGUGGCUGGCAUGCGCGACAAAAAGAUCGUGCAAUACGAUAUACGAUCCGGCGAGAUGAUACAGGAAUACGACCAUCACUUGGAUGCUGUGAACACCAUCACGUUCUGCGACGAGAACAGGAGGUUUGUGACGACGUCUGACGAUAAGUCACUGCGUGCUUGGGAAUACAACAUCCCUGUUCCUAUCAAAUUCAUCGCCGAACCGCACAUGUACCCCCUCACCCGCGCCGUGCAUCAUCCCACCAAGGAGUUUAUCGCCAUGCAAUCGUCCGACAACCAGAUCGUCGUGUACGCCUCUUCCGAACGCUUCCGACAGAAUCGAAAGAAGGGUUUCCGUGGUCAUAACAAUGCCGGCCAUGCUAUUGAUGUCUCCAUCAGUCCCGAUGGUGAGUUCGUCAUGUCCGGUGAUACCGGUGGAUAUGUGUGCUGGUGGAGCUGGAAGACUUGCAAGAUGCUCCACAAGAUCCAGGCAAGCCAAGUGCCUGUGGUGAGCUGUGCGUGGCAUCCAAGGGAGACGAGCAAGGUGGUUACAGGUGAUGUAAACGGCAUCAUCAAGUACUGGGACUAGUCACUACUUCCGAAAGUUGUUUGGUAGCCCGUCAAAAAUACCCUCAAGAGACGAUCGCGACCGAUUUGGCCGCAUUCUGUAAUAUUUUUUUUUCACGUCAUUUCAAUAUACGUGAAGUUCAGUUAUUACUUCUCUUUUUGAUCUGCU